GUUUAGAUGUCUUCAGAUGAAGAGGCGAGUGUCCCAGUGUUGCCUAAGGAGUCAACAUAUCGUAGCAACUCUACCUGCUCUGAGCUUCAGGAUGAAUAUGAGGAGCUCCUCCAAAGUGCCGUGGCUUCGCCAAGACUUGAUGCCGUCUCUGGUGCUCGCCUGGUGGGGAGGGGGGCCUCACAUUUGUCUGCAGAGGGUCACAGUUCACAGAGGCAUUCACAACAAGUCUCAGAGAAGACCGUGCAUACUACUAGCAAAGGUUUGGGGAGCUCAGACAGAUUACAUGAUGCAUCUAAUAUGGCACGUCCAAACACCCAAGGCUUCACUGAGUACACUGAAGUGGAGCUUUUCAUCUCGGAGGAAAACAUUAGCAAGAUGGAAAACAUUCUGGACACAUGGACCCAAAAAUUGAAGACCAAUGUGCUGAGGGAGCUGAGGAAGUGGAGGGUGGCCUUCAUAGAUCAACACAGGCGAGAGUUGCAGAAGGAGCGAGAGAUUCAUUUAGCCAAGAAUGAGUCCUUGAAGUCGGAGCUCGACAGCCUGAAGGAGCUACUACACACUUAUGAGAUUUCCAACAAUAGAAAGGAUCAGAUGAAUAAAAAUCUGAGUGUGGUGUUGGACAGACAAAAGCAGAAGCUUGAAAAGAUGAGGGCCUUCACCCAAUGGAGACUUCAAUACAUCGAGGCUAAAGAGGAGGCUCACGCGUACCGGGUAGCACAGCAACACUACAAUUUGCAUCUGAAGAGGAAGGUGUGGUUAGCAUGGCACUCCAUCACCAAGAGGGAGUGGAAGGUCAGGAUGGAGCAGGCAUGCCGCACAAGAGCUGAGGAGGUGUGCACCCGCCUGUCGGAAAAUUACGAGGCACAGAUUCAGACGAUGACUGCAGAACACGGCGAGGCCCUCGAGAAGGCGGAGGCCGAGAUUGAGAGACUGCAACUCGAGCAAGAACGGCGAGAAGUGUGUAUGAGGAAAGCCUUGAUGAGGGGUGUGUGCGCCCUCAACAUGGAGACUCUCCACUUGUUUAAAACCACAGACGGUGGACCCCAAGACCUUGAUGACUUCGACCCUAAUUCACCUCCUGAUGAUGAUGAUCCUGACGCUGAUGUGUUGGCUCAGGUCCAGCCACGUCCCCCCCGAAGCCCGGCCCAAUUCGAUCGCCCAAUGUCUCCUCCUACUUUCCAUGAAGAUGGCAACAGGAUGGGGUUUGGUGCACCAAGGCACACUGAAUUCCCCCCUCCCACUUCAACUGCGCUCACUGCAGCCGGGCACACUGCAGCCAGGCACGCUGCAGCCGGCGGGCACGCUGCAGCCGGCCGGCACACUGAUGCUGCAGCCGGCCGGCACACUGAUGCUGCAGCCGGUGGACACGCUGCAGCUGGUGAGCACACUGCCGCCAGCCGGCACACUGACGCUGCAGCCGGCGGGCACGCUGCAGCCGGCGGGCACGCUGCAGCCAGCCGGCACACUGACGCUGCAGCCGGCAGGCACACUGCAGCCGGCGGGCACGCUGCUCCCGGUGAGCACACUGCAAUAAGUGGGCACAUUGCAGCCGGCGGUCACACUGCAGCUGGUGGCCACGCUGUAACCAGUGGGCACAGUACAGCCAGCGGGCACCCUGCAGCUGUACACAGCUUAUUCUCACACGAGGCACGACCUGGCUUUCACAAACAGGCCACUGGGGGUGUGGUGACAGCGAGCCAACAAAAACCUACAAAAAGUUCAACAGCUCGCAGCUCCACCCAACAUGUUGGUCAAAGUAUACGCAGCAACCUAGAGGCGAUGAGUGUGGCUCCACCUAUGAGCUCCACUGCUGUAGACGACCAUCAUCCUAUGACGCAGCAAACUCUUGGUCAGGCUACCGCCUCGAAAUUUCCUCGUUCCUCCCAACAGGCUCCCCGCACCAGCGGAGGCUGGGCUUCGUCCAGAAUGCACACCAGCAACUACCCCCCACCACCUUGGGAUGAGCCUGGCCCUACAACAUGGGCUUCAUGCCCGGUUCACUUUGACCACCCAGAAUCUCCGACCCACCAUGAAGACGACCGUAGGAUGGGCGUUUGGUACACCAACGAAGUUCUCCCUUCCACUUCAGCAGCUCACAGUUCAUUCCCACAAGGGGGCAGCACUAGUUUCCAUAAACAGGCCUCUGGGCGUAUGGUCACAGCCGGCCAACAGAAACCGGCAAAAACUAUAACAGCUCGCAUCACAGCGCAACCAUUUGUUGGUAAGCGUAUACGCAGCAACCUCCAGGUGAUGGGUGUGGCGCCGCCCAUGACCUCCAUUGUCGUAGAACGCCAUCAACCUAUUACACAGCACGCUAUUGGUCAAGCUUCUACUGCCAAAUGUGCUCGCCCUGCCCAACUGGGUCCCCGCACUCCUACUGUUGUGAAGACUUCCUCCAGAACAAACACCAACACUUGUAAUGUACCCUCUAUCAAAGUAGUUGAUUAAUUACAUAAACGUAAACACACACACCUCACAUAAACCAGCAUUGUCUAGAUGCAGGAUUUUACUUACUAUGCAACGACUCUGAGUAUGAUGUUGCUUUACAAGUUUUUUUUUUUAUAGGUAUCUUGAAGUUAUGUAUGAGUUUUCCUUCCUUGUGAGAGGCAAAGGGAACUUGAGCAAUUAUUCUUCAGAAACUCACUGAAGUUUGUGGCCCGAUGCACACGUAAAUUAUCAGCGCAGUUUUCAAAGAUUUUUUUUUAAGCUUCAAGUUAACUUUAUUAUUCAGGAAAAAGUGAAUGUAUAAAGACAUAGCCUACUGUACAUCAAAACCAAAGGCCUCCUGUUUGUAUAUGAUCGGGUGCUUUCUUUUUACAAAAUAAAUUAUUUUGGAGCAGUCUUUUUA